GGGACUUGCAUAGCACCAGAUGUCUGCAAGUGUGAUGUUGGAUAUGUAUUUGACAGCAUUCAUAGCCAAAUGUGUGUACCAAAAUGUAAUAAUGAAUGUGGUUAUGGAACUUGCAUAGCACCAAAUGUAUGCAAAUGUAAUACAGGAUAUACAUUUGACAAUAAAAGUAACCCCAUGUGCGUUCCAAAUUGCAAAACUGAAUGCGGUAAUGGGACUUGCAUAAAGCCAGAUAUAUGCAAGUGUGACACAGGAUAUACAUUUGACAACAAAAGUAGCCCAAUGUGCGUUCCAAAUUGUAAAACUCAAUGUGGCAAAGGUACUUGCGUAGCUCCGGACGAAUGCAAUUGUACAAAAGGUUACAUAUUUGACAAAUACCACAACCCAAUGUGUGUACCUUAUUGUGAUCCUAAGUGUGGAUAUGGGACUUGCAUUGCGUCAAACGAAUGCAAGUGUAAUACAGGAUAUACAUUUGUUAACAAAAAUAAGCCAAUGUGCGCUCCGCAUUGUAAAACUGAAUGUGGAAAUGGGACUUGCAUAGCACCAGAUGUCUGCAAGUGUGAUGUUGGAUAUGAAUUUGACAGCAUUAAUAGCCAAAUGUGUGUACCAAAAUGUAAUAAUGAAUGUGGUUAUGGAACUUGCAUAGCACCAAAUGUAUGCAAGUGUAAUACAGGAUAUACAUUUGACAACAAAAGUAACCCCAUGUGCGUUCCAGAUUGCAAAACUGAAUGUGGAAAUGGGACUUGCAUAGCACCAGAUGUCUGCAAGUGUGAUGUUGGAUAUGAAUUAGACAACAUUCAUAGCCCAAUGUGUGUACCAAAAUGUAAUAAUGCAUGUGGUUAUGGGGCUUGCAUUGCGCCAAACGAAUGCAAGUGUAAUACAGGAUUUGAUAACAAAAGUAACCCAAUGUGCGUUCCGCAAUGUAAAACUGAAUGUGGCAAUGGAAUUUGCAUAGCACCAGAUGUCUGCAAGUGUGAUGAUGGAUAUAAAUUUGACGACAUUUAUACCUCAAUGUGUGUACCAAAUUGUAGAAAUGACUGCGGAAAAGGAACUUGCAUAGCACCUAAUGAAUGCAAGUGCAAUACAGGAUAUAUAUUUGACAAAAAAAGUAACCCAAUGUGCGUUCCUAAUUGCAAAACUGAAUGUGGUAAUGGGACUUGCAUAGCGCCUAAUGAAUGCGAUUGUGCAAAAGGUUACAAAUUUGAUAAAAAUCAAAACCCAAUGUGCGUACCACAAUGUGAUAUCGAAUGUGGAAAUGGGUACUGUAUGGGUCCCAAUCAAUGUAAAUGCCAUACAGCAUACAAAUUAAAUGAAGAUAAAGAUCCCAUGUGCGUACCACAAUGUACCAAUGAAUGUCGAAAUGGGACUUGCGUUGCACCGAAUGAAUGCAAGUGUCACGUAGGAUUUAAAUUGGACGCAAAAAAUAUAUGCGUACCCCAAUGUGGUGUUGAAUGUGGCCAUGGGUUUUGCAUAGCACCUAACCAAUGUGAAUGUUACGCAGGAUAUAAAUAUGAAAAUAAAAGUAAUCCAAUGUGUGUACCUGAAUGUUAUUCUGAUUGUGGAAACGGGACUUGCAUAGCACCAAAUGAAUGCAAGUGCAAUGCAGGAUAUGAAUUUGAUAACAAGAGUAACCCAAUGUGUGUACCACAAUGUCAUAAAGGAUGCGGAAAAGGGACUUGCAUAGCUCCAAAUAACUGCAAGUGUGAAAAUAGUUACAAAUUUGAUAAACAUCACAACCCAAUGUGCGUAACUCAAUGCGAUAUCGAUUGUGGCAAUGGCUCUUGCGUAUCACCUAAUCAUUGUCAAUGUGACACAGGUUAUAUAAUUACCAAAAACAGUAACCCGAUGUGUAAACCGAUAUGUCAUAACGAUUGCGGAAAUGGCUCUUGUAUAGCGCCAAAUAAAUGCCAUUGUAAUAAAGGUUACUUAUUUGAUAAUGUUAAAAAUACGUGUAUACCUCAAUGUGAUAUCAUAUGUGGAAACGGAAACUGUGUGGCGCCUAAUGUAUGUAAAUGUUUUAAAGGGUAUAAAGUUGACAAAGAUAAAGGGUUAAAUUGUGUUCCUGAUUGUGGAAAUUGUGAAGGACACUGUAUUGCUCAAGGUAAAUGUGAAUGCGAUCCACCUUUGAUAGCUACACAUGUUACUGCCGACGGUAAAGAUUGUAGUGCUAAUAGUGACGAAUGUGAACGUAUUAUUUGUACAAUUGAUGCUACUAUAACGAGUUCUAAGGAACCCAUAUCGUCUACACACGAAGAUGUUUUUAAUACGACGGAAAUAAGAAUAAUUAGUAAUAAAGAAAAUUCUGUAAGUGGCAAUGGAUCCAAAUAUAACUAUUAUGACGUCAAUGAUUCGACAACUGCAAAAGUAUCUGGUGCUCAGAAAGUUGUAGAUGAAAAUAUGGAAAAACAGAAACAAGAAAGCAAAGAUUGGUGAGUAAUAAAGAUAAUA